UCUAAAACGUAUAAUCUAAAAUGUCUGAUCAAAUAAACAGAAACACUGGUGGCGGUCCUUCCAACAACGAUUCCGCAGAUAAAAGCCUUGAUAGAACCAAAACUACACCUGGUCAAAUUAAGGCUAUGAUUGGUUUCUUUGAGAGUAAUCAAGACCUUUUUAAGAUAUAUCUUGGUGGACAAAAGUCGUCCGCUCCUUCAGCUGGUAGUCAGAUAAAAAAAAGAGAGAUCAUUGAGAGAUUGUUCCAGCAACUUCUGGCAGAUAAAGUAAUUCCGUCUUCCUGGAAUUUCAAAUCGGUUGGAAAACGUUUUGAACGCCAACUCGCAAAGUAUCGCGAUGUAGAAAGAGAUAUGAACUCUACCGGUUUUGGCUUGACUACAGAUGACAUUAAACGUGGACUGACCUCCAUCGAGAUCAAGUGUGAACAUUUGUGUGUUGGAUUUUCUCGUUUGGCUUCUCUGCAUGGUGUUAGACCAAACAUAACUCCUUUUUGUGUGGCUUUCCAUGGUGCCCCUGGUGGUACCGAGUACACAUACUCCAACAGAGUAAGGCCAUCAUUAGCUGCAAUUGAGGCACAAACUUUUGCAGUUUUUGGUGGUCAACAAGAAGCGAUUGAAGAGGUCAGUCGAUUGUUGGUUGGAAGUGAUGCAGCUGAAUCUUCAACAAGAUCAUCUGCUUCUCUUUCCUCUGGUGCUCCUUUGGCUGCUGGUGCUCCUUUGGCUGCUGGUGCUCCUUUGGCUGCUGUUGGUUCUCUUUCCUCUGGUGCUCCUUUGGCUGCUGUUGGUUCUCUUUCCUCUGGUGCUCCUUUGGCUGCUGUUGCUUCUCUUUCCUCUGGUGCUCCUUUGGCUGCUGUUGCUUCUCUUUCCUCUGGUGCUCCUUUGGCUGCUGUUGCUUCUCUUUCCUCUGGUGCUCCUUUGGCUGCUGUUGCUUCUCUUUCCUCUGGUGCUCCUUUGGCUGCUGUUGCUUCUCUUUCCUCUGGUGCUCCUUUGGCUGCUGGUGCUUCUCUUUCCUCUGGUGCUCCUUUGGCUGCUAGGUCUUUGUCUGUUGCACCUGUGUCUACUGAGCGUUCUUCCUCUUUCCGUUUUUCUUCUGUUGGGCCAGUCUCAAACGAACCUCUCUCUUUCCCUCGUCCUGCUUUUGCCAUCAAGUCGCACACCAUUAUUUGA